UCAAAAUGGAGCUGCUCAUCUUCAUCUUCCUCCUCUUCCUCUUCCCCAUCUACAUCUUCUUCAUAUUUCCGAGAAAAUCUUCGUCAAAUAUUGGUUUCAAGUCGUACCCAAUCGUCGGAAUCAUACCUGAAAUGGUGAAAAACGAACAACAUUUCCUCGAUUGGAUAGCAGAGAUUCUAUCCCAAUCCCCAACCCAGACGGCGACUUUCCGGUAUCUAGGGAAGCAACGAUCCGUCAUGACGGCGAAUCCAGCGAACGUCGAGUACAUUCUCAAGAAGAAGUUCGGGAGUUUCCCCAAAGGCGAGCAGUUAGCGGAGGAUUUUCUCGGCCGCGGUAUUUUCAACGCCGACGGCGUGAUGUGGUGGAAACAGAGGAAGACGGCGAAAUCCUCCGCCGCCGGAAAAUUGAUAGACCUUCAAUAUAUUUUUGAGCGAUUCGGUUUGGAUAGCAUCUGCGAAUUAGCCUUCAGCGUCGAUUCCGCUUGCCUUGGCGAAGACGAAGUUCGAGAGUUCAUGCACGCCUUCGAUACGGCGUCGACACUGACCGCGCAACGGUUUCAGUCUUCGGUUUCUUUUUGGUGGAAGAUCAAGAAGAAGCUUGACAUUGGGUCAGAGAGGCUUCUGAGAGAAUCAAUGGUUACCGUACACAAGUUCGCCGAUGACAUCGUCCGUAAGAAGAUGAUUGAUCAAGGAAGAUCCGAGAGCGAGAAGGAGGAUUUUCUUUCUCGGUUAAUCAGCAACGAGGAGAUGAACUCUCCGGAGUUGCUACGUGACAUUGUCGUAAGCUUCAUCUUCGCGGGACGAGACACAACAUCCUCUGCCUUGAGCUGGUUCUUCUGGUUACUCUCUACGCAUCCCGAGGUGGAAAACAAAAUCAUCGAGGAGCUAAAAUCGAUCCGAGCACGAACAGGGAAGAGAGUCGGGGAGGGUUACGGGUUUGAGGAUCUGAAACUGAUGAACUAUCUGCAUGCGGCGUUAACCGAAACCAUGAGGCUGUAUCCGCUCGUGCCGGUGAACACACUGAGCUGUGUCGAGGACAGUGUACUGCCCGAUGGGACGUUUGUAGGGAAAGAUUGGGUAGUGGAGUAUAACGCGUACGCGAUGGGGAGGAUGGAGAGUAUUUGGGGUAAAAACUGCGAGAGGUUUGAUCCAGAGAGGUGGAUUGAUGAAACAAAUGGUGGGUUUAGAGGCGAGAGUCCUUAUAAGUUUCCGGUGUUUCAUGCGGGACCAAAGGUUUGUUUAGGGAAAGAGAUGGGUUAUGUUCAGAUGAAAUCGAUAGCCGCCGCGAUGCUGGAGAGGUUUGUGGUUGAGGUUCCAGGGGAUAAGGAGCCUGAGAUGCACUUGGCUUGGACGCUUAGGAUGAAAGGAGGUUUGUUUGCAAGGCUACGCGAAAGAACC